AUGCUGCAGCCGAGCGACAUCCUGCCGUGGGUGCGGGCCAAGGCGGCGCCUGGAGACGCGGCAGCGGUGUUGUCGGCGCUGGACGAGUGGGCAACGCACUACCCCAUGUACGCAAUUGGCGCCGAGAAGGGUGCUAUGCUGGACCAGGUGUUGUCGGACCUGCGGCCGCAGGUGGCACUGGAAAUCGGGACGUUCUUGGGCUACAGCGCCGUGCGCACCGCGCGGCAGCUUGAUCAGGGGGGCCUGCUGGUCUGCAUAGAGGCCAACCCCCAAAACGCGGCGGUGGCGCGGCAAAUUAUUGACUACGCGGGGGUGGGGGCGCGCGUGACAAUCCUCGAGGGCCUCGGCAGCGAGAAGCUGCCGGAAGCCGCACGCAUCAUCGCAGCGGCGCGGCAACGGGCGCGGCCCGGAGAGGGCGGCGGCGCGUCGGGGGCGGCGGCGGCGGGCAGCGGCGGCGGCGUGCUCGCAGGGCUGCAGGCGCAGGCGGUUGAGCAGCAGGCGGAGGCCGCUGCUGCGGCGGCGGCCGGCGGGGCUGCGGGGGAGGGAGGCGCUGGGGCGCCCCCAUUGGAAGGGCGGGCAGCGGCGGCAGCUGGCGCGACAGCGCGGGCCGCAGCUGCAGGCGGGGCGCCGGUGGACUACCUUUUUCUGGACCACUGCAAGCCGUGCUACCUGCCAGACCUUCUAGCUGCGGAGGCCCUGGGACUGGUAGGGCACGGCACAGUCGUGGCUGCAGACAACGUGGUGUAUCCGGGCGCUCCUGGCUACCUGGAGCAUCUUGAGGGUGUGGGCCGCUACGCCACCACCCUGCUGGCGGCCCCCCACGAGGUGGACAAGCCCUGGGACCCGAAUUGGGAGAUGGGCCGGGCCGACGCCGUCGCCGUCAGCCUCAGAUGGUGA